AUGUCUUUCCACUACGGCGCUCCACCAGCGCACUACACCAAAUACUAUGGUGACUCGACUUCACCAUACACGAGUGGUGAAUAUGUUCACUAUGCACCACAAUACAACAACUCGACCCCCAAGAAGCACACCAGAAAGGCGAGCUACAAUCCAUCGCCUCGCGUAGGUGGCUGGUAUUCCCCGGCCGGGUCGCCUCCACCAUACUACGACGCGAACGUUCAGUAUGCCGCACCACGCGAUGAUAUCUAUGUGAGUCAGGCAGCGGGCAAGUCCCACAAAAACGAGGGCUAUCACACUUUUCCUAGCUCAAGAUAUCAUACCCGUACCUCUUCGCGCAAGCAGAAUCAGCCCAUCUAUGUCUAUAACGAUGAGGCUGAAUAUGCAGAAAUGCCGGCAACAUAUAUCAUCAGAGAACCACAAUCAUCAAAGUCCAAGCACACGCGGAAGCCAAGUACUGAUACCAAGUUUUACUAUGCACAGGGACAGAUCAUUGAUGAACAGCCAAAGAGGUCCAGAGCUCGCCGUUCUUCAACCACUACAAAGCCGUCGCAUCGAUCCAAGCCAAGUCAAUCCAAACCAAUCCCACAAGCCACUGAACAGGAUGCCGCUCGUGAAGGCAUUCCAGCAGGAUAUUCCGUCAAGCAUUGGGAUCCUACAGAAAUUCCCAUCAUCCUGUUGGGAAGUGUCUUCGAUGCUAAUUCUCUUGGCAAGUGGGUCUACGAUUGGACGGUCUUCCAUCACGGCGCAUCGACCCCCAUGGCUGAUAUGGCAGGUGAACUUUGGCUCCUGUUGAUCAAACUUGCUGGGAAGAUGAAGCGUGCCGAAGAGUGUGUCGAUCGCAUCCGCAACAGCGACAAGCGAGAGACCGUUGAGGACUUCGUCGUCAGUGGCAAGAGACUUUUGGAAAGGUUCAAAAGUCUUCUCAAGGACUGUGAACAGUUCAUGCUCAAGGCAGCCAAGCGUGACGGUACCAAGACCAUGGGAAAGAAGGCAGGCACCGAGUUCGUCGACUCCAUCUUUGGACGUGACCGGUAUCUCGAGUCAACCGAGAAGAUCAUGAACCAGAUCAGACUAUGGAACAUGCGUUUCGAUGUCAAUUGCGAAGAGAGUCUUCGUCGUCCUUCUGCUGCCUAG